AUGCACCCUCAACAAAGCCAAUUCAUGCGUCGUGGGGUGAUUCCGCCGCGCAACUUCUAUCCGGUGCACGCCUACGUACCCCAACAACAAGUGCCACAACAAUUUCCACCGCCCACAAGGUAAUUACACCAGAAUUUUUUUGAAAAAACCGAAAAGUUAAUCCAAUAAAAAACAUCUCACAGUAGCACUCCGAUUCCGGCGAAAACGGGAGAAUCUCGGGCUCAGAAGCAAGUGGGCGCCAAUUAUUUUCCGUCGAUCGUCAACGAAGCUUACCAUAAUGUGCUCGAGCAGGUCGUCACUGCAAUGUGCUACAAAAGCGGAUUCGAUGACAUCGAGGAGGGCGCCCUCGAGACUCUCAUGCUUCUUUUUCAUACAUGUAAGUUUUUCUUGCUAGAAAAUGCUCGGAUCGAUCUGAAACUUGGUCCCAAUAUACUUCAAACCAAGCCUAAAAAUCCUGCAAAGUUUGGACCCGGUCGGAUCUUUGCAAGUGGGCCAGAAGUUCAAAUCUUCAAAUAGCCUGUGCCGAAAUUUGUCCAGCACUGCAUUUUUCCCAAUUUCCAGACAUAAAACGCAUCGGAGAGCAGUCGCGACUGGCUUGCGAAGUUGCCGGACGGACCCUGGUCAGUCCCGGCGACGUCUGGUUCGCACUCGUGAAUAUGGGCAUCAAAGUGAACAGCCUGCACGGAUUUCUGCUCGAACAGGCCGCCAGCGCACUCACUGUGCAUGCUCGUAAGUUUCUCUCGAUUAUCGUCAAUGUUCAGCUCAGAAAAGUGUUUUGCAGCCGAAACGUACCGCCCGGAAACGAAACCGUCGUCUUUCCGUAUCGGAACGCCCCGCCCACAUCCUUCUUACGUUUUCGACUGGCUUCCACCCUUUCCGGACCCGCACACGUACAUUAAAACCGAGGUAAGUGCUGGAAAAUGCCGCAAAAUCCUAGGAAUUGUAAACCUUUAAAAAAUCGAUUUAAGAUUGUGGAAGAGCCGGAUUUCAGCUACGAAAAAGUGCGCGAGGCGAUGGCGCAAAAAAAGAGGAACGGAGUGAAUUCGCUCGUGAAUUACAUGAUUCGCACGUGGCCGUCACUGUGUCUUUUCGCGAAAUUCGAGCAAAUUAUUCACGAACAAGUGCAGAAGACGGUAGCCUUGUUCGCAAAAAUUGACCGUAAAAAGUAGUUGUUUUGCAGUUCGAAGAGGAAAGCAACGAAAAACGGAUGCAAGAGGCGUUCGUCGCUUUCCGAGACCUUUUCAACACCAACGAGAUUGAGGAGGUGAAAAAUGUGGGGAAAAUGUUGCGCGAGAAGGAUCUCAUCGAUGAUUUUGUGAGUUUUCAGGCAAAAAUGCGGAAAACGUUUUUUUCUUUUCCACUUUUUUCAUAUUGUAAUUUUGUAUGCAAUUCCAGGAGCUGAAAAACGGCGCCGAACUGGUGUGCAUGUGCUCGGACGGAGCCCUCAUCGAUCAAUUCGGCCAGCGGAUCCAUUUGACGGAUGCGACGGAGGUGGAUUUGAAGGAAAGCGAUAAAGUGUCGGAAAGUACGGACAGACGAGUCAAUUGUGGUGACGGAGCCGAAUCGCUCAAAUGUAAGUCAAUUUUUCUGACUGUUUUUGAAGGACCAGGGAAUUGUGCGAGUCUAUGUGUCUGUCUGAAUGAACUGCCUGACAAGUGAGUCGCAACUCUCAAGAUGGCCUAUGAACGGAACAGCGCGCAGUUAAAGUAGUGGCCGUGGCCUAGAAAACUCCUAGGCCAUGUGACCCUUUUUGGCACAUUCUUCAAACGUUGCCAAACAAUCACACACACAUAAGUAUAGUGCAAGAGCACCAGACUGGAAGAGCUUUCACACCUGAGUUCUCUAGGCCACGGCCACAGCUUUAACUACGCGCUGUUCUGUUUAUAGGCUGUUCUGAGAGUUGGGACUCGGACAGUGAACAGACACGAAACAAUUUCAACAAAUUGUGAAAGCAUUGCUAUUUUUAAAAAUCACUUUUCUCUUAGCUUCAGACCACUGGAACAUGGAUGAACUGCUCGACGAGCUCAUCGAACUCGACUCGUGCACAAUGGAUUUGGGCGACGAAAAAGCGGACGAGCUGAAAUUUAUGCAGGAAAAAACGACGUUCGAGUACCUGCCCGAGUGGUGUCAUGGUAAGAGCAUUUUCUGAACUUUUUCUAAAAUCGUGCUUUUUGCUAAACGAAUAGAAGUUUUGGGCGUCGUCCGAGAGAAAGUUAGGCCACGUCCGAGGGAAAGUUAGGCCACGUCCGGGGGAAAGUUCCUUGAGAGAUUACUCGAGGCAUUGCAGUGAUAUGUUUUGUUUGCAGUGAUAAUUCCGUCGUUCGAGCACCGCGGCUACCUGCACGCGGCCGCAAAUGAGCUGAAAGCGGAAGAAGAGUCGAAAAAAGAGAAGGAGAAGGAGGAGAAGGAGGGCGGUGUCGUGGAGGAAGAGAAAAAGGCCAAGGACGACGAGACUGUACGUUUCUGCAUUUUUUGUAAUGAGAUUUUUCAACAUGUUACCGAAUUUGCAGGCGCACACGAACCUCUACCUCUAUUCGCCGUUUCGAGAAGAUUCGGUAGAAGAAGAAGCUGAAAAAGCGGCGGAGCCAGGAAAUACAGUAACCCAGGAGACGAAGGACGAACCGAUGGACCAUUGA